UUUUAUGUAUUUGUUAAUUUAGAUUUCAUUUGUAUAUGCCGAAUGACUUUUUAUGUAUGAAUUGAUUUGUUUCAAAAAAAAAAAAAAAAAGUAUUUCAUAAUAAUUUUAAAAAAAUUCUAUAUUUGCAAAAACUUAAAAAUUGGAUCCGGCCCAUUUAUUUACUAGACAGAUUUAUAUUUGGGGCGGGUCAGGGCUUUUAAUGGGGCUCCAAGUCUCCAAGACUCCAACCCAUUGAAUUGUCCUAAUUGUCAAGAAGAAAAAAAAAACAAAAAACCGGAGGAUCAACGAAGCCUACCUCUCCUUCUCCUGCUCUACUCCCUCUUUCAGUUCUCCAUUGAAUACUUGUAUCCCCUAUUGAAGCAGCUUCUGCGUCAUAUGCUGUUGUGAUAAAGAUGCAGUUGAAGUUAUUUAGGGCGGAAAGUGGCACUAAGACAGUGUGGAGUUGGGAUGAAAUGAACUACGAUGUAUUGUUAAAGAUAAUGAAGAGAGUGCCAUUGCCGGAGAGGCUUUGUGUAGCGUGUUACGUGAGCAAGACAUGGUUGUCGGCAGUAUUAGAUUCAAUGUCACCCCCUGGUGUCAUCAAUCUCAAACUCUUGGAUUGCCCUAAGUUCCAACAAAUGAACAAUAGAUAUCUUGCUUUCUUGAAGCGUAGGCUGGAUACUAUGCCAGUUGACUCUUGCUCUGCAUUUUAUCAUGGCGAAACCUUUCUUCAAGUAUAUAAGUAUGGGUAUAUUGGUAAAAGGACACCUUCCAUGCAGAAGUUGAUAAUACCCCGGGCAGUGCGGACGAAUUUUACUUUUAUUAUGCUUGCUAUGCAAUACUGGAAGAAGCUGAAGAAAGUGCAGUGUCCUUCAGUAUUAAUAGCACAAUUCCGAAGCGAAACUCUGCGGUUAUUUGGCGCUGUGGAUGAUGAUAUUGCAACAAUUAUACGUGACAGAUGUCCUCAACUAAAGCGACUGAGGCUCGACUAUUGUGCUUUAUCGAUCAAUGCAUUGUCUAUUAUAUUGGAUGGCCACAAAGAUUUGGAGUUAUUGGAUACUCGCCAUAGUUUUCGUGUUCCUGACUGCAGGAUAUUGUUUAGUAGAGAUACGGGGUCGCAAUAUUUAGAGUGGAAUGAAGAGGAGAUUCGGUGUAAGGCUGCUGGUGUUAAGGUGUACCUGAAAUGCGCUCGAGACCGUUGUCGUAAGUGUGCUCCACCUAAGUGUGAUAUACUUCUCCGGAGCUGUUUUCCUGAUCUCAAGCCUUUUAAAUGUGAUUAUCGUGCUCCUCUUUAAUCUUUUUUACUCUUAUUUAUUUGUAUUUCAUGCUUAUAUAUUUUUUUUGGGGGGGGGGGGGGGAGGGGGUUGCAAUUUUAGUUAACUAUCUUAGGAUAAUUUCGCAACGACUUCAAUCUUUUUGGAUGGACUUGCUGAGUUAUGUUAGAAAAUAAGCAAUUAAACGGAAGAUACUUAUCUCAAUGUUGUGUAGACCAAAUUGACAAUUGCCGCGUCGUGGUGAACCACUGACCUAAAAGACGAUUCUGCGCUAUCCCGGUGCAGUAGACAUCAAGCGGUCGCCCUCCAGGAUAAGCACGGCGCCGGAAUCUGUGUGCACUCACAAACCCAACUGGAACUCAGAAUACUUGCCCAAAAACCAAAGGAGUAUUUUUUAAAGAGAAGAUCGAAGAGAAUAUUUCUGAUUUUUGUAUAUCUCAAUUUGAACUUGGGAAUGGAAAAUAUAUAGCAAUAGAUGAAGAAAGUGGC